AUGCUACUGCAAAGAAAUGAUGUAAUAGCUAGGAGGGAAAAUGGGCAAUUACUGGUAGCACCUUGUAAGACUAAUGGAAUCACACUCAAAAACAUCGAGUUCAAUGGAGGAUUAAAAGGCAAAUUUGAAAUCGAGAGAAUCAAUGCUGAAUUGGAACUUGUAAGCCACUAUCACGAUACAAUUAACUUAAUAUCAUAUCAACAAGAAGACGACUCUAUUUGGGAAGAAAUCACAAAGGAAGGACAACAAUUGGCAAACCAACUAGUGAAAGAACUCGACCAAGUCGAAGAUUCGAUACAAGAAAAAUUGAAAAACGUAGUGAAUCACUAA